CUUUGCUCUAUUUUUGUUUCUCAUAUACCACCCACAGAGGUUACCCUCUUAUAACCCUAUCGGAUUCCUGUUUCUCAGGUGGAGGAUAGUCCAAUAUGAGCGUGAGCGUCGUGUUGGGCUCGCAAUGGGGCGAUGAAGGCAAAGGAAAGUUGGUCGACAUCCUCGCUGGGGACAUUGAUGUCUGUGCUCGCUGUGCGGGUGGUAACAAUGCUGGUCAUACCAUCGUUGUCCCCAUCGACGGUGUCGAGAAGAGCUUUGCUUUCCAUCUCUUGCCCAGUGGUCUUGUGAACCCCAAGUGCACGGGAUUGUUGGGGAAUGGCGUCGUCAUUCACCUCCCGUCGUUUUUCGCUGAGCUCGAUGCGUUGGAAUCGCAGGGUCUUGACUGCACCAACCGACUCUUCAUCUCUGAUCGCGCACAGCUCGUGUUUGAUUUCCACCAGAUCGUGGAUGGAUUGAAAGAGGUUGAGCUUGGAGGAUCCAGCAUCGGAACAACCAAGAAGGGCAUCGGCCCAGCCUACUCCGGCAAGGCCUCUCGCUCCGGCCUCCGCGUGCACCACCUCUUCGAGCCCGAGACCUUCGCCGCCAAGUUCCGCAAGGUCGUCGAGGGGCGGUUCAAGCGCUACGGGCACUUUGAGUACGACACCGAAGGCGAGAUCGAGCGGUACAGGAAGCUGGCGGAGAGGCUGCGCCCGUAUGUCGUUGAUAGCGUUGCGUUCAUUCAUAAAGCCCUGGCGUCGGGGAAGAGGGUCCUGGUCGAGGGCGCGAAUGCGUUGAUGCUUGAUAUUGAUUUUGGGACGUACCCCUUUGUUACUUCGUCCUCGACUUCGAUUGGGGGUGUCUGUACUGGCUUGGGCAUCCCGCCCAAGAUGGUCGGCAAGACGAUUGGUGUGGUGAAAGCCUACACUACUCGUGUUGGUGCGGGCCCGUUCCCGACUGAGCAGCUCAACGAUGUCGGUGUGCACUUGCAGGAGGUUGGGCACGAGUAUGGAACUACGACUGGGAGGCGGAGACGGUGUGGGUGGUUGGAUUUGGCGGUGAUGAAGCACUCGUGUUUGAUUAAUGGGUAUGAUGCGUUCAACCUUACCAAGUUGGAUGUUUUGGAUGGGUUGGAUGAGAUCAAGGUUGGUGUGAGUUACUCGCUUGAUGGGAAGGAGUUGUCGAGUUUCCCCGCCGACCUUGAACUCCUCAGCCGCGUCGAAGUCAACUACGUGACCCUCCCCGGGUGGAAGACCCCCAUCACCGAAAUCCGCAACUACGACGACCUCCCAGCCAACUGCAAGAAAUAUAUCAACUUUAUAGAAGAGCAAUUGAAGGUCCCCAUAGAGUGGAUUGGCGUUGGACCCGGCCGCGAUGCUAUGAUCACCAAGAGGAAGGACCAAUAGAUACUUGACGGUAAUUUAUGAGUAUCGUGUUUUCUAUUCUAUAUGUAAUUGGAAUUGUGGAUUGCUGUUUUGGAAAUUUAAAGAAAGAAUUGUGUUGUUGUUAUAUAAAUAGGCUGAAUGUAUUUUUUGGUGUUUGUUU